GUGGGAUCAUGUAAGUCAUUUGCUAAGUAGAAAACGAUGGAUGGGGACAAACUUUCAGACCAUGGUUCACAAGACGAGGAAAGCUUGCUUUCAGACGCACGAAAUAAUGGAACGUUCCACAAUCCUCUCAUCGAAUCUGUUCAACCUUUGAUAGAGUUGAUUGACUCUCUGAGGUCGAUUGGCAUUGAUAAAGACAUUGGCCUACCAUCCAUUGCAGUGGUGGGAGAUCAGAGUUCAGGAAAGAGUUCAGUUUUAGAGGCACUCUCUGGUGUCGCACUGCCUCGAGGAAGUGGUAUUGUCACACGCUGUCCUCUUGAGCUGAAAUUGCGGAAGAUCAAGAAAGGGCCAUGGUCAGGGACCAUUUCUUUCAGUGGUCACAAUGAGACUUUUCAGGAUCCAUUAAAGGUGGAUCAACUUGUUCGAGAAGCUCAAAACAAGCUUGCUGGAAAUACAGUAGGGAUCUGUGAUGAGCUCAUCACUUUGGAGAUUUCAUCUCCUGAUGUGUGUGAUCUCACUCUGAUUGAUCUUCCUGGUAUAACACGCGUACCUGUGCAUGGCCAACCUGAAGAUAUUGGAGAUCAGAUUAAAGCCUUAAUACUGAAAUUUAUUUCCAAGAGUGCAACCAUCAAUUUAGUUGUUGUACCCUGCAAUAUUGACAUAGCAACAACAGAAGCACUAAGAAUGGCACAAGAAGUAGACCCUGAAGGACACAGAACUCUUGCAAUUCUUACAAAGCCGGACCUCAUUGAUAGCGGAGCUGAGAUUGAUGUCUUAAACAUUGUGCAGGGCAAAGUCAUUCCCCUCAGCAAGGGUUACAUCAUAGUGCGAUGUCGUGGUCAGAGUGACAUCAACAACAAAAUCCCUUUUGAUAAAGCUAUGAAAACUGAAAUGGAAUUCUUUAGGAACCACCGGUAUUUCAGUUCCCUGCUGAAUGAAGGUAAAGCAUCUACUAAAUGUCUGACAGAUAAACUGACCAAUGAACUUGUGGAUCAUAUUAAGAAAUCCCUACCAUACCUGACUGAGCAGAUUCAUACUAGAGUUCUUAAUGUGCAACGAGAGCUGAAAAACUAUGAGGAGGGUCCUCCUCUGGAAGAAGAAAUGAUGGGACCUUUUCUCAGUAUGGUUAUAAUGGAGUUCAGUGAUUUAAUAAAUAAACUGAGAAAAACGGGGCAUUCAAAAAACCAAAACAUCUAUAGGCUCCUGCGUCCUGUGUUCAAGAAAUGGGACACGCGUCUGAGAGACACAGAAGUAUCAUUCACAGCAAAAGUGAAAGAAAUGAUAGACAAGUACAAUGAGAUACAUCGUGGAAGAGAAUUGCUAACAUUCACAGAUUUUUGUGAAUUUGAGCGUGUCAUCAAAGAACAUGUGGCAGAUCUUCAAGAACCAGCUAUGAAGAUACUAAAUGACAUACGAGAGAUUGUUCAGAAUGAGUUCAAGGUGGUUUGUGAUUUGUCUUUUGAACAGUACCCUCAACUGAAAUACAUAGUCUCUAACAUGAUUAAUGACAUUCAGUCAAAACAAGAGACCAAAGUGGAGAAAAGAAUCAAAGAGUUUAUUCAAAUGGAGCAGCUAGUCUUUACCCAGGAUAAAGUAUUACAAGAGAAACUCAAUGUCUCUGACGUUCCUCGGAAGGUUGGGAUAGACACCAACGGUGAAGGCCUCUAUGAUGAUAAUUGUGACAAAAUAUUUAAUUCCAAAAGCUGUGCCUCGGUGGAUACUAGACCUCUAACUCCAGACAAACUGGUUCUCUAUUAUAAGGUAGUCUAUCAACGCCUCACAGACUAUGUGCCUAUGCUGGUAAAUCUCUUCAUGCUGAAGGACGCAGCUAAGAGUUUGCGACAUCAAAUGAUGGAACUGAGAAAUGGGGCAGAUGUGGUGAAACUGCUCAGUGAAGACUCAGAGAGAGCACGCAAGAGGACUGAUCUACAUAAACGUCUGCAACGUCUCAUACAAGCUCAAAACCUGAUCAGCAGCAAACUCUAAGACAUCUGUUUGAUACUACAUGAAUCAGCAUCAAUUUAGCAUCAGGAAAAAUAAGUCAAUUAUAUAGGUUUAGAUAAUUAAGUUCAUGCAGAUUAUAAAUGUAUAAUUUAUUUCUAAAUUUGAUGAAAAUGAAAAAUUUGCACAGUGUCCAUCAUAUUAUCAGUGGUUAAACAUAUAAAAUGGUGAUUAUAUAUUUAUGCACAUUUCCUUAUAAUUGUAACCCAGUCUGUUAAAACCCAGCUAAAUAAUUUUAUAUUAUGUAAAGAACACUCUGUGAAAUUUAAACUUGAAUUCUUUAAUAUUGAUUAAGUAAGGCAAUGUCAAAGAUUGAAAUCAAUGUUUAUUUUGGUAUUUUUGUGGAAACAAUUAAAUGUAAUGGCAAUUAUUAAUUUCAGUAUGU